AACAUGUCCUAGCUUUCUGGUCUUCUUUCAUGAUUCAUUUACUAGCUUCUAACAGAUAAACACAAAUCCAACGGUUAUUUAUUUCUUUUACUGCAAGUCGGCCCUCUUAUCUUUCUAUGCUUUUCCAAGAAAUGCUUUACACCAAAUGCUGAAGAGACAGGAAAAUUCCUUGCACCAAAUGCUGAAGAGACAAGAAAGUUCACUCUCGUCGUCUCGUUGGGAGACUCCGGUCACACCGCCGCCGCCAGAGACGCACCAUGCAAAAGCCAUUGGUUGCAUGUCCGGCAUUAUCCAUCUCAUUUCGAAGUACCAAAAUCGGAACAAGCUCCUUACUUUUGGUAGAAAACAACAAGAAGAAGUUCCAUUGCCAACUCCAAGAAAUGCCAAAGCAUCAGUUCCUACAAAAGCUUCUCCUUCUACUGUCAAAGAAAACAUAAAAAAAUUACACACUGAAACCCAAAUUCUUGAUUCAAAGGGAUUAUCAAGCAACACUAUACCAAGAAGUCCAACACUUCCACCGGAGAUCCGGCUAUCAAAUGCCGGAAACUCUUCAGAAAUUCGCAAAACACCAUCUUUGGUGGCGCGGCUGAUGGGAUUGGAGGAAAUUUUGGUAAAAAGGCCUGCAUUACACGAAGAUCCCAUUGCAGAGAAUAGGAAAAAGAUACUGCAAGCCCUGGACAAAUGCAAUGAGGAUUUGGAAGCUCUAAAGAAGAUAAUAAGGAGGGUGCAAUCUUCUGAUAAGCGUCUUCUGCCGUCACAGGAGGCCGCGAAGGGGAUAGGCGGUGGUGGAAAUGAACAUUCUAUGGACGUGAAAACUGAGGAGCUGAGUCCAGUCUGCGUGCUAGACGAGUUCACUCGUUCACCUUUGAGCAGCUUCUCCAAAGAACAAAAUAAUGGGAUAUUACAUACUCCACAUCAGCGAAAACCUAGUUCAGCUAAGAAGCCCGGAGAAGACGAUCAUACAAUUGUGUAUCGAUCUUUAUUUCAAAUAAGAAGAGAGACCACAGUGUCACCUGGAUGGAUCACCAGGGCAAAGUUCCGAAGUGUAGAUGAAGUGUGUAGUGACAUUGCAUGGGGCGAAAAAAGAGAGGUUGGGAGAAUAGGGUUAGUUUUGGAAGAUUACAUAUGCAGAGAUUUGAUUGAAGAGUUUGUUAAAGAAUUGAUGAAAUGUUGUUGCAUGUAUUCACUCCCAUUUGAGGCUUGUAAGAAAAGGCUUUUAUUCUAGUCGAUUGUCUAUGUGUGCAUUUAUAUGAGUCGAGUUUAGAGAUUCUCUUCUUAUUUUCCCUUCUUUUUUUUUAUUCUUUUACGAUUGAGAUGUACUUAUUAGUAUUUUUAGAAGAGGUAUGUGAAUCUUUAUGUUUUUUA